AUUUGUGUUUUUUAAAAUGGAAGAAAUAGAAUAUAUAACAUUAAUUGAGUGGUUUUGUCAUCAGUUUUAUUAUAAUGGAAUGUUACAUUAUUGUAAAGAAGCUUGUGAAACAUAUCCGACUAGCGAACACCUAAGACUUCUUCUAAGUCUUGCAUAUGCAUUAAUUGGAAAGACUCAAGAAUCUAUUAAAGAAACUACAACUUUAAUGAAUGAUACAGAUACAACAUUAGCAGCACUACUUGUACAAAGCGUAGCAUAUAUAAAUAGUGAAAAUGUUGAAAAAAUUACUGUAAUGCAAAUCGAAACAAGAAUUAGAGACGAAAGACGAAAAUCGUCUUCAAAUGGAUUAUCAUUAGCAGCUUUAGUGUUGCUUUUAUCUCAGAAAGUUGACAAAGCAAAGGAUUAUAUCGAAAGGGCAUUUAAACUUGAUUCAUCCAACAAAAAUGUUUUGUUGACUAAAGGUUGGAUAAAUUUAUUGCUCAUGAAUGAGAACAGUUUGAAUGAACCAAAUUUGUUUGAUGCUGUUUUAAAAGAAGAACCAAAGAACGUAAAUGCUUUAAUUGGUUCUGCAAAAUAUAAAUACCAGCAUGGCAAUUAUGCUGAAGCAAUAUUGACAUUGAAUUCAUUAAUUGUACGCUAUCCUAAAUUAUGCUUACCUUUGAUUGAAAAAUUGUAUAAUCAACUUGCAAUGAAAGAUUGGGAUCAAGUACUAGAAACUGCUAACAGAAUACUAUCCAUUGAUUCAAAUAAUGCAGAUGCUAUUAAAGCGAAUGCAUUUGUAGCUCUUUGUAGAGAUGGAAAUUAUAGCGAAGCAUUGAAGUAUUUACAAUCGUUUUUUAAAAAUCUAAUACUUACAGAGGGAAAAGCUGUGCCUGCUUUAAUUAGUAAUAUUCAAUUAUUUUCUCGAAUCGCAUGCAAACAUCAAGAAAUUUUAUUAGAACUAUCUAAAAUUGUUGAAAAAAUGAUGCAGCACAAUGCAAAAAUGGCAGAUCUCAUGAUUGAAUUGGGAAAUUUAUAUAUUUCAUUGAAUAAAAUAAAAGACGCAGAAUAUUGGUAUAGAAGCGCUGUCAGAAUCAAUGAAUCUUCAUUUACAGGUCUGAAAGGCUUAGCGCACUGUCAGCUUUUAGAUACUUCAGAAGAUGCAUCAGAUUUGGCACAACAGCAAUUAGAUUUUUUGAUGGAAAUACAAUCGGAUUCAGUGGAUGCGGAACUACUUUUUAUGUCUGCAAAAUUGAAUAGCAUCGAUUCAAAUAAAGCUUUAAAUUAUUUAGACAGAGCAGCCACAAUCAUAUUAUAUAAUUGUAAAUACAUUCCAUAUGGAUACGAUUAUAUAAAAAAAUUAAACCCUGAUUUAUGUUUAGAGAUUUCUAAGCAACGUUUAAUUUAUUCUGUGGCAAAUGAUACAACACAGUUGGAGGAAAAAUUAGUGAAUCAUAAGGAACCAAGUUUAUACUUGUUGGAACAGUUGUCAGAAGCAUAUCCUGGUUUGAUCACAGCUCAAUUACUGUUAAGUAAGGCUAAAAUGCAAAGCGGGGAUUUAGACGGUGCUUCAUACAUAUUAAGAAAUUUGUUGGAUAAUGUCGAUUCGUCAAACGCAGAAGCUCAUUUACUUAUGGCACAAAUUUUAACUCAACAAGGAAAUUACGAAUUGGCUUCCCAAAGUCUGGAAGUAGGUUUGAGUUAUAAUUUCAAGAUCAGAGACAGUCCAAUCUAUCAUUUAAUCAUAGGCAUUAUUCAAAAGGAAAACAAAGACGUGAAAGGUGCAAUAAAAAGUUUCCAAACAGCUAUGUCAUAUGCAGGAUUGCAAUCUAAUAAAAAUAUUUUGGAUAUUACGCAUAUUUCUAUAUCAGAUACUGCAACGCUGUAUCUUGAAUUAAUUUCCGCUCAUAGCAAAAUGGGACAGUUUAAUGAAGCUAUUGCUAUAAUACAAGAUGCAAAAGCGAAGCUUGAAAAUACUAUGGAAGAGGGCAAAGUGUUAAUAGGAAAUGCAGAAUUAUUUCUGGAAAUGGAAGAACUUGAUGAAGCCAUUAACUGUUUAUCUAAAGUAACUCCGGAUCAACCCUAUUAUUUACAAGCACAUACACGUUUAGCUGAGAUAAAUUUAAAAUAUAAAAAAGAUCGACUCGCGUUUGCUAUGUGUUUCAGGGAACUGGUAGAACAUUGCCCUGGUCCCAAGACAUACAGUAUGCUUGGUGAUGCAUAUAUUUCCAUACAAGAACCAGAAAGGGCAAUAGAAGCGUAUGAACAAGCUUUAAAACAAAAUCCUUUAAAUAAAGUAUAUAUAGCGAGUAAACUAGGAAAAGCGCUUGUAAAAACUCAUCAGUAUACAAAGGCUAUAAAUUAUUAUCGCGAUAUAAUGAAACAGGAAAAUUUUAACAGCUUAAAAUUGGAUCUCGCGAAGCUAUUCAUGACAUUGAAACAAUAUGAUAAGGCAGAAAUUACAUUGGUGCAAGAACUGCAAGAUGGCCGUCGAGAUUCCGAUAAACAAAGUUUAGAAGUACGAGGUCAAUUAUUGCUGCUGCUUGCUAAAACUCGUGAGAAAGCAGGCAAUAUUCAAGGUGCUUUGUCAGCGUUGAAAGAGGCUAAAGAGAAUCAACACAGAUACAUACAACGCCUAGGAACUUCUAAUAUAGAAAAUGAGAAACAAUUCUUGGCUAACAUUUGUCUGACAAUGGCAGAUUAUUCAUCUUCUUUGAGGGAUUAUGAUCAAGCUAUAAUGUACUAUAAGGAAGCUUUAAAUCAUAAAUCUACAGAUGUAAAUGCUUUAUUAUCAUUAGCGAAGCUUUACAUGCAGACGAAUAAUUUGGACCAAUGUGCUCAAAGUUGUACAGCCGUAUUAAAUACAGAUCCAAAUAACGAAGCUGCUUCAAUAAUGAUGGCUGAUCUUGCAUUUAGAAAAGUUGAUUUUGAAACGGCUGCCUUUCAUUUUCGACAAUUAUUGCUGAAACAGCCAACGUAUUGGACUGCAUUGGCAAGGCUAAUAGAAGUUUCCCGUAGAACAGGAAAUAUGGAUGAUUUAGAAGAAUGGUUACACCGAGCAGAGGAAGGUACAAGGAGUGCACAUUUAGCAGCUGGUUAUUAUUACUGUGCAGGUUUAUUGGAUUGGCGUAUGGGUAAAUUAAAUUCCGCGCUUCGCCAUUUUAAUUUCGUAAGACGUGAUCCUGAAUGGGGUCAACAAGCGAUAUACAACAUGAUCGAGAUAUGUCUAGAUCCGGAUGACGAUUCGUCUUUGUCAAAUGAAGUAUUCAACGACGAUGACACGGAGUAUCAAGAUUCUAGAACGAUGGCUUUGAAGACAGCCUACCGUUUGUUACAAGAGCUGAAUCCCAAAGGUAGUCCGCAUGAAAUGUUGACUCACAGGUUGUUAAGUAAUUUUUUUUUGCUGGUUACAAAGCAGAAAUCAAAUAUAGAGAAAGCUCUACAGGAUUGCACGGCUCUAGCUAGCCAAGAAACGUUAAGAGACCAUGUUGGACCAGCCUUAGGCAUGGCAAUGGCUCACAUUCUUCUUAAACAAACUCCGCGUGCUCGAAAUCAUUUAAAGCGCGUUAGCAAGAAUACCUGGACAUUCGAGGACGCGGAAUAUCUAGAACGUUGUUGGUUACUUUUGGCCGAUAUCUAUGUACAGUCUAAUAAAUAUGACUUAGCAAAUGAUCUUCUACGGCGCGUUUUACAACAUAACGCAACUUGUGUAAGAGCUCACGAACUUUCUGGUUAUAUUGCUGAAAAAGAACAAAAUUAUCGUGAAGCUGCGUUACAAUACAGCCAAGCAUGGAAAUACGGAGGAAAAUCUAAAUUGUCGAUUGCUUAUAAACUGGCUUAUUGCUCUAUGAAAGCAAAAUCUUAUGCAGAUGGUAUCGAGGCUUGUAAUGAAAUUUUGAAACAGAGUCCAGACUAUCCACGCGUUAAAAAAGAAAUUUUAGAAAAGUGCAUUAACAAUUUACGUACUUGAAUAAAAUCCUUUAAUAAGGUUCUUUUCUUCUCUAUAAAAUAACUAAACUAUGAUUCUAUGUAGAUUAGUUAGUUAUAAAUAGACGAUAGAAAAGAAAACCGCUUGUCUUAUUUUAUUUUUACAGACUCUAUUAGUUGUACUAUGUUGUACUAGUUUUAAUAAAAAAAAUAAAAGAUUCUAAUUACAUUGCGUACAAGGGUAUUUCAUUUUCAAAUAGCGUAUGCCAAAAAUCGAUAUCUCGAAAGAGUUAGUUACAACGAAAUAUCGAGAUAUGGGAUACAUAGAGUGUUACCAAAGGAACGCGGUAAAUUGUUGCCUGCUAUAUUGAUCGCUAUGAGGCAAGGUGGAAGGAAAACAAUAGAAGAUCAAGAGCGGAACAAUUUUUAGACGGCACUUGAUCAUAUUAUUGAAAUGAAACGGUCCGCACGAUCGAAGAUAUGGCGAUAUUGAAAUAGAAAUCCACAGAGAAACAUAAUACGUUAGUAAAAGAAGCUGUAUACUCGGAUUUCAGAACUAAAUCCACUAACCUCGUUUUCAAAUCGACUAAGAAUAAUCUUACACCGUGCUUACCACAGUAGAAGAAGUAGAAGUCUUUGAAUAUGAAUGUGAAUGUGAAAGAAAUAAAAUAAAAUAAAAGAAAAGAAAA